CGAUUUUUACUUUAAAGUUUUUUCUUUCAUAAGUUAUUUUAAUUAAAAUCAUAAUUCUAUUUAGUUGCAUCAAUAUAUGAUUAGAAGUAAUAUUAACAACUUAUUUUUUUUCAAUUUAGAAUUGAUUAACAUGAUAUUUUUAAUGAGAAGUCUCGAUUAAUGUGUUUCUUUGAUUUUGAAUUUCUUCUAGGUUUGUUCAAGUACAUUUGCUUCGAAUGAAUGGCGUGAGAAUCUUUUAGCUGGUCUUGUUCCUGAUUUAUCUAUCUAUAAUACAACAGAUUAUCGCCGUUUCCUUUUAGCUCAUUUACAUUUUCUUAAUGGUUUGUGUCAAAUAUCUAUUCAAACAGUAAAUAAUUCUGUUAGUCAAUUUCUUUCUUCUACAUUGAGCAAUACUCAACUUAUAUCAGAAGUAUUGUUCAAUCUCCAAAUCAAUUCAUUGAUCGAACAGAGCCAAUUGGAUGCUCCCACAGCGUUCAAUCGUAUUCUAUUCUUACUUCGUACCAUAAACCAUGGGAAUGCGAUUGUAUCAACUUAUGGAACCAAUUUUGAAUAUACAGCUUUACUUGGCCCAUACAUUAACUUUGCACUUGUCCAAGCCGUGACUUAUGAUAAUAAUUGUUCUUGUGGAUUGAAUGCAACCUGUACAACUCAAGCAAACUUCAUAUCUAACAAUGCAUCUGAAAUCAUUCCAGUCAAAGGCUUAAAAAUGGGCUGUACACCAAGUGAAUCGCUUCUUGCUUCAACUCUUGAAUGUUUUUAUGACUCCUCAUGUAUUAAACUUAUUCAAGAACAGACAAACUAUAAUAGUUCGAUUAAUACUACUAUUCCUCUUUCUCAAAAUAGUAGUCAUUUCUUAAUUAAUACAACUGUUAGAGAUCUUGUCAAUGUUCUUUUCGUUGAAGAUUGGUCUACACAAAUCAAUUACUCAUCGUACUUUGAACAAUGUUCACCUUCGAUGUGUUCAUACACUUACAUCCAACAGUUUAACUUAAUUUACACAAUAACCUUUCUAAUUAGUAUCUAUGGUGGUCUUACAAUUGCUCUCAAGUGGAUCUGUCCAUGGAUAGUUCGUCUUGUAGCUAAGAUGAAUCAGUAUCGAAAGAAGAAAUCCAACACAGUUCAACCUACAAAUACUAUUGACACAAUAUCUUCUCAUACAAAUGUUCAACAUACCACUGUAAAUUCAGUAUUAGUAUCGACGAAUACAACUACUGAAACUCGACGGCUUUCAUCGUUACUGCGCAACUACAACUGUGUCUUUUGGUUUAUAAUACUCAUGAUUAUGGUAGUGAUCGCUAUUAUUGUUUCCACUGUUUAUCUUAUUCGACAAGGAAACAACCAAGUUGUAUCAACAGGAUCAUCAAUGAACGAAACAAACUUUUCACAUAUGAUUGUAACAACCACUAGUGGCAAAAGCACGACGAGUUCAGUAACAACAUUACCUACUUCAACAGUAUCAACUUGUCAAUUGAUGUUCAAUGAACCAAUUUCUUUAAACAUAACAAGUUCGUCCGUUUACGAUUUUUACAAGUUUUACGAUUUCGCUACAGCCAUUGUCAAUGAUUUCAAUGGCGAUGGUUUAUUAGAUUUUGUGGCCACAUAUGUUUCUUUAUUUGGUGACACAAAUCUAUAUGUGUUUCUUGGAAAGGGAGACGGAACCUUCACAGAAAAAAUAACGUCUCCAACGGGCAUAAACAAUGGUGAUGUUCCAGCAAUUCUUGCUGCCGCUGAUUUUAAUAAUGACGGUCAUCAGGAUCUCGCUGGUAUGAAUUAUUAUAGCGGCAGCGUAGGUAUCCUAUUUGGAGUUAGUAAUGGAACUUUUGAAACAAUGCAACUAUUGACAAGUAAUAGUCAGUAUUUGUAUGUAUUCUAUUUUAAGCAUCCCUGGUUAACUACAAGCGAUUUGAACGGUGACAGUUAUAUAGAUAUCGUCUUUAUCGACGUUACAAGUUGUAGUAUAGGUUUAUUUUUUGGAUAUGGAAAUGGAACUUUUACAACUCAAAUAACAUUGCCUGUAAUAGAUGAUUUUUGUUUAUCAUCGGCUGCUGUCGCUGAUUUCGAUGGUGACGGUAAACAGGACAUCGCUGUCACUCUAAAUCAUGAGUUUUACGUGUCGGUGAUGCUUGGAUAUAAUAUUGGAAGUUUCAAAGAGCCAAUAAUCUUGUCAACAGGAGAUUCCAGUUAUCCAACAUCAACCAUCGCAAAUGACUUCAAUGGUGAUAGAUAUUUGGACAUUGUCGUUGCGAACACAGGCGAUUACAAUAUUGGUGUAUUUCUUGGAAAUGGGGAUGGAAGUUUUAGAGCACAAAUGAUAUUUAAAAUAAAAACUCUUUAUCCACCAUACUCAAUCACCGCCGUUGAUUUCAACGGUGAUGGUCAACUGGAUAUUACUAUCGCUAUUUUUCCAGAUGCUGUACGUUAUGGUUUAUAUCCUGCAGUAAAUUUUGUAUAUGUGAUGCUUGAAUAUGACAACGGAAGUUUUGGAGAAUCAAUUCAAGUUUCAACCUGGACUUCGAAUCCAGCUUAUAUUGGUAUCGGUGAUUUUAAUGGUGAUGGUGGAUUCGAUUUAAUCCUUCUCGGACAAUCUCAAGGCAAUAACACUAUACUAUUAAACACAAGUCCUUGUUCUAUACGUAACUCUUCAAGUCAAUUAUAUUCAUCUACUACUAAAUUUCCGUAA